UGCUACCACUUCCAAGCCUGCUACCACUUCCAAGCCAGCUACUACCUCGAAGCCUGCUACCACUUCCAAGCCUGCUACCACUUCAAAGCCUGCUACCACCUCAAAGCCUGCUACCACUUCAAAGCCUGCUACCACCUCAAAGCCUGCUACCACUUCCAAGCCAGCUACUACCUCGAAGCCUGCUACCACCUCAAAGCCUGCUACCACUUCAAAGCCUGCUACCACUUCAAAGCCUGCUACCACUUCAAAGCCAGCUACUACCUCGAAGCCUGCUACCACUUCAAAGCCUGCUACCACUUCAAAGCCUGCUACCACCUCAAAGCCAGCUACCACUUCCAAGCCUGCUACUACCUCAAAGCCUGCUACCACUUCAAAGCCUGCUACCACCUCAAAGCCUGCUACCACCUCAAAGCCUGCUACCACCUCAAAGCCUAG